AUGGGUCGAGAUAACAACCAGCGCGGCAAAAAACGAGGCGGGGGAGGCCGCAAUGAUCAAUCCAACCCCGCAAAAGUCGAGAACCGCGAAGCCUACCAGCGCAUGAACUUCCUCUACCAGGCCGCACUGCUCAUGAACACCGCCCCCCUCUCCCAUUCCCCUUCCUCGCCGGAUGUCACCUUGGCACCGGACUCCACUUCGACAGUAGAGUCAGCACCAAAGCAGGCGAGAGGGAAAGGGAAGGGAGGGGGAGAUAUGAGACCUCUCGCCCGGUUCUACGCGCAGACGUACCACGUGGUGCAGAAGAAACUGGUGUUGAGGUCGCAUCCGGCGGUUAAGCGGACGUUUUGCAAGUAUUGUAGGACUGUGUUGGUUGUUGGGGUUAAUGCUGAUGUUAAGUCUGCCGUCAAGGCGGGAACGAAAGGCGUGAAAACGACAUGCAGGGAUUGCGGGCGUGCGAGGCAUCUCCCUGCUGAUGCGAGCAAGUCGCUGUACGUUGACGGACCGGGCGCGGAGCAGGUUCCCUGA